AUGGCAGAGUUCUAUCCAGCCGAGCUACCGGAGCGACCAUCGAAACUCGCCUUUGGAAAACGUCUAUCGAACAAGUUCAAGCUCCAAAACAGAUCACGCAAGCAGUCGAGAAGCGCUUCUUCUUCUGUUACGCCUGAUGUCGACUACCCCCAAAAUGCAGCGCCAGAUUCUUGCGCGCAAGAAUCGCAUGUCACUGAUCAUGUGCGCACGCGUCGGAUUACGUCACAGCCUUCCCCUCAAGUACUUAUAAAGGCUCGUCCAGAAACACCACAAAGCGAUCUUGUGCAACCUAGACAGAGUUUCAGCCUUGUCUCGCUUGCGUUUCCCGAACCACACAUCAAGUACCCAACCUCUUCGCACGCAUCCUCAAACGACUCAGAGCUGGUGGAAGAACAAUGCGACGUGCCCAGGUUGCACAGGAAAGGACCAACACAGCUCACAGUGAGGGAUGCGCUUGUGGAGCGGUUCGAGAAGUUGCGGCUGCCGACUACCACGCAUACACCGCUAGCACUUACCGGAUUACCAGGGUCUCGAAGUACAACAAACUUCUCAUUUCCUCCCCAAUCUUCCAACUCAACCAAAGCCGCCAAAUUAGCAUGGAACAGCAUGGUUGUCUCAACCCCCAUUCUGCCCAGUUUUCGAGAGCAAAUGUAUCCACAUACAAACCAGCCAGAUGCAGACCAUCGUCCCCAGGGCGAGAGUAGCACGGAUCCCAUAGUCAUUGAUGACGAUAGUGACCAUGGUGCGGCUGUUGGUCCCCAUCGUCUAACAGGUAAUUUUGAGAACACAAACUUCUUCCAGUCGGGCGGAUUGUCACGUCAAUCAUUGAAUCGACGACGAACCCGAAGAGACAGGUUCCUGCAAAAGAAGCCUGGUCGCCGAGAUCAAAGUUCCAGCGUAUCAAGUAUCAACUCUGAAGGAAACCUAACACCCGAUAGCUCGGAGAGUUCGGAGUCUGACCUUUCAGCUCAUGUCUUGGAUUCAAUAGAAGCCACUAUACGUGCGCGUGGACAAAUGGCCCUUGAUGUUGAUCCAGACCGCAAUGCUCAGGAAGAGCAAGACCGCCUGCUUGCCCAGCACCUACAGCAGCAAGAAGAUGAGUUGUAUUCGACAACUUCAUCGCAGCUUGCGGAGAUAUCUAGAUCCUUAGUACGCCAAGCGGCGUCUCUUGAGACUUUGUCUCGAAAGACUGGACUAUUGGGUAGUCUACGGCAGGCUAUUACUCACAUUGGCACACGAGAGGAUCCCAUCAACCUGAAUUCAGACUCAGACAUCCCUGUAACGGCAGGUCCUGAGAGGGCGCGGAUUCAAGACUAUGUGGCGCUAUAUGGGGAGCCUAUGGAGAUUGAUGGUGUGUCACCGUUCGGCGCGCCACGAAGUGCGAACAUCUACACAGAUGAGAGGAUGCAUUUACGAAGUCGUGAUUGCGUUGUGUGCGGCGAUAGCAUUCAUGUCAUUGACCUGCCCUCACUCACCAACUGUGAUCAUCGACCGGAGACAUGUGCAGACUGUUACUCGGGAUGGAUAACUGCACAGCUCCAAGGCAGUAGCUGGCGUGAAGCUAGAUGUCCAGGGAACAAUUGCAAUGUCGGACUAUCGUACCAUGAAAUCCAGCUAUAUGCGGACUCGGAGAUCUUUCAGCAGUACGACACAUUCAUCGCCCGGGCAGCUUUCAGUGAAGAUCCUAACUUUCGAUGGUGUCGGACCUGUGACUCUGGUCAGAUACAUAUGAGCGGCGUCGAAGGCAACAUUUUCACUUGUGUAGCAUGCGGGCACAGAGUUUGCGUUGUCCACGAGAAGACAUGGCAUGAAGGCGAGACGUGCGAUGAGUUCGAAUACAGGUCCUCUGGCCGCAAAGAACGAGAUCAGAAGGCGCAAGAGGAAGCGAGUCUAAAAGCUAUCCGGAAGCUGACCAAGAAGUGCCCUGGCCGCAGAUGCACAUGGAAUAUCGAGAAGAACGAUGGGAAGCCCGACCGUCCCGGCUUCGUUGAGACCCCCGGACGCAGAAAGUCGCAACGUAAAUCUCUCACAUCUGAUGUUGACGGCGGAUACGAAUCGACGCCUGAGCCAGAGAACUUUUUGAAGCCUUUUAAGUCUAAUGAGGGCGACGUGAGACAAGAGGCCGAGCAGAAGAGCAAUGGAUAUGCCAAUGGGAACGGACACGCGAAUGGGCACACGAACGGCUACGCAAAUGGACAUACGAAGAGUGAAAAGGAGAUUGUCGAGCUGGACUACAAGAUGGAGACCGAAAAGUUCUUUUCCCCAAAGGAUAAAUCUGGCCUACAUGAGUUCGGAGGCGCGAUUGGCAUGGGCAGUAUGAUGAUCUGCUUCCCAGCGCUCAUGUACUACAUGUGGAUUGGAGCCACCUUCUACGACGGCAAAUUCCCUACACCGACCGAGGGCCAGAGCUACGGAGAGUUCUUUGGACACAUGUGGUAUCUUGUAAAGACGGAAGCGUACCCAAACAACCACGCUUGGCAGAUUUACUGGUUCUUCGGACUUAUGCAGAUGGCCUUUUACAUGUUCAUGCCGGGUGUCUACCGCAAGGGCAAGGCGCUUCCUCACCUUGGUGGAAAGCAGUUGGACUACUACUGCUCGGCUAUGUGGUCUUUCUACUCCAGUAUUGUCAUCAUGUUGACUCUCCAUUUCACUGGCGUCUUCAAGCUGUACACUUUAAUCGACGAGUUCGGCCACAUCAUGAGUGUAGCCAUUCUCUCAGGCUUCCUCUGCUCGACUAUUGCAUUUGUCUCAGCUCGUGUCCGCGGCGCUACCGUCCGGAUGACCGACAACCCUGUUGUCGACUUCUUCCUUGGUUCGGAGCUCAACCCUAGACUUUUCGGUAUUCUGGACUUCAAGAUGUUCCUCGAGGUCCGCAUCCCAUGGUUCAUCCUCUUCUUCCUCUCUCUCGGCACCUGCUUGAAGCAGUAUGAGCAAUACGGCUAUGUGUCCCUAGAAGCCAUCUUCCUGCUCUUCGCACACUACCUGUACGCCGGCGCUUGUGCAAAGGGCGAGCACCUUAUCAUCACAACAUGGGAUAUGUACUACGAAAAACUUGGGUUCAUGCUCAUCUUCUGGAACAUGGCUGGUGUACCCCUGUCGUACUGCCACUGCACUCUGUUCAUUGCUAACCACCACCCCUCCGAGUACCAACUCCCGACCUGGUUUACCGCCCUCCUCACCCUCGCCUACCUUUACGCUUACUACAUCUGGGACACGACCAACUCGCAAAAGAACCAGUUCCGUCAAGAAGAACGCGGUGUCGUCGAUGAACGUACUACCUUCCCCUACUUCAAAUAUGGACGCAUCGCCAACCCAAAGACCAUCCAGACGUCCCACGGAAACAAGAUCCUGGCUGACGGUUGGUACGGCAAAGCGCGUAAGAUUCAUUACACAUGCGAUUUUUUCUUCGCAGUCAGCUGGGGUCUCAUCACCGGGUUCAAGAGCCCGUUCCCAUGGUUUUACUCCGUGUUCUUUGCGGGUAUGAUUAUCCAUAGGGCGCUAAGGGAUAUUGAGAAAUGCAGGGAGAAGUAUGGCGAGGCGUGGAAAGAGUAUGAGAGGCAGGUGCCUUAUCUGUUCAUCCCGUACGUCUUUUAA